AUGGCAUGGCCUUUUGCAUGGUCGGGAUCUCCUUAAGCGUUCUCAGACGUUUCGUCGACAUCGCAGACGACAUCUUCAGUGAAUCCUGCCAUACUCAGCACCAAGUUACAACUCGUCAAAGAGACAAGUGAUCUCGAUCCUUUGACCAAAUGUGUGCUGAACAGGUGUGUCUAUUUGAAACCUAUUCACACUCCCACUGGUUCCCAACUCCCGUCAACUGUGCCGGGAGUGUUCAUCCAAGGCUGCCAUUUAAUCCGCAUUCCUUUCUCUUCGGGUCCUAUCGAAGUCCUUUCCUGCUCCUUCGCAUCUUUUCCUUUUCUGCCUGUUUCAGUGAUUUCACGCCAUCGCGGCCACCGUAUCCGUGCUGCUAAAGACGUUAUGUUGCACACUCUUCUCAAUUGGCAUGACAACCUAACUUGA